CAAAAUUUAUGUCACCACAUAUGUUACAAUGGCGAGCGAAACGAAUGAAUUUACUGUAUUACAAAACAAAAAACCGAUUUCAUUAAAGUUUGACUUGAAAACGAUAUGCCCAAAGUUAUCAUUUGAUUGGGAUGAAAUUCGAAAGAGCACAACAUCAAGUCUUUCUUCAGAAGAUGAAGUUACAAAAAGAAAGAUUUACGCUGAUGUUUAUCAAAGAAUGACGGACCAUGACUCCGAAUCAUCUGGCGACGAAUAUGCAAAUUUUAAUGAAGUCUAUUAUGGAAGUACAUUGAAUCAAGAAAUGAUCAAGCGUAGAAUGCGCGGAAGCACAAACAGUACGGAUUCAGAAUCUUCAGUAUUCCCUACUCCAAAGAAGAGAAAAGUAGAGAGUAAUAAAAACAUAAGCAACAAACUUCCCAAUCAAGGUAUUACUAUUAUUAUUUGAACAAACAUUACGUGUAUUUAAUUGCAUUA